ACACAAACAAACAGUAAGUGUUGGCUUGGCUUGGCUAUACAUUCAGAGACAGCGGCCAACGGAAAACCUGAUCAAUGGCCGCCAAAGGUGGAGGUGCUCCGCCGACAUACUCACCGUCUCCGUCAUCCUUCAAGAAAUCCAGACCUUCCAUUUUCACUGAUGUCGAUUGGGUCCGUCCCGACGGUCGUGAUUUCCAUCAGUGCAGACCUGCAUUUUUACGAACAGGUGCCGUAAAUGCAGCGUCGGGGUCUGCGUACGCUGAAUUCGGAAAUACUAAAGUCAUAGUCUCUAUAUUUGGGCCAAGGGAAAGUAAGAAAGCAAUGAUGUACAGUGAUACUGGUCGAUUGAAUUGUAAUGUUAGUUAUACAACUUUUGCCACUCCAGUAAGGGGGCAGGCAUCGGAAAACAAAGAAUUAUCUUCACAGUUGCAUAAGUCUUUGGAGGGUGCCAUCAUUCUAGAUACAUUUCCAAAAACAACCGUGGAUGUAUUUGCAUUAGUGUUGGAGUCUGGCGGUUGUGAUCUUCCUGUAGUAAUCUCAUGUGCCAGUCUUGCAUUGGCGGAUGCAGGGAUUAUGAUGUAUGAUUUGGUUGCUGCUGUUUCUGUGUCUUGCCUAGGGAAAAAUCUCGUGAUUGAUCCAGUUUCAGAAGAAGAAAACUAUCAAGAUGGCAGUCUUAUGAUUACAUGUUUGCCAUCUCGUAAUGAGGUUACUCAGCUGACGAUAACCGGAGAAUGGUCUACCCCAAAGAUUCAUGAGGCAAUGGAGCUAUGUCUUGACGCCUGUUCAAAGUUAGGGAAGAUCAUGAGAUCGUGUUUGAAAGAGUCUACAUCCACCUCAUAAGAAUAGCUUCAGUUGUGCAUGUUUGCUCCCCACUUAAUUUUUUCCUCCUUACAAGAUAUACAUAAUAGGCAUUUUAGUUUUGAGUAUCUUGUUUUGCACUGUCCAAAUUUUGAACGUGUGAAAAUAUUCUCUUUUGUUGCCGGCCUAAAUUUACUUCUUUAUAUCUAUGUUUCUUUUUUAGGAGUUCAAA